GGCGCCCGCGCGCGGACAUGGCGGCGCCCGCCUACCCCUGCUGGGUGACGCGCUGGGUGUCCGGGCAGUGGCGGAACAAGAAGCGGCCCCCGGCGCUCCGCCCGCCCCGGACGCUGGCUCUGGCCGACAAGGUGGCGAGCCGCCGGGAGCAGCCGACGGAGGCAACGUGCAUUACGGAGAUGUCAGUAAUGAUGGCCUGCUGGAAACAGAAUGACUUCAACGACACGCCGUGUGCCGAAGAGAUCAGGAUGUUCUAUGACUGCGUGGCAAAGGCAGAAAAAGAGCGCAAGAAUCAAAAUGAGGACACCCUAUCAUCCAGGGGAAACUUCCCUUCAAGCAAAGUGAACAAGCUCCUGAAGAGGUUUCCUCAGAUGACACGUUAUGUAUAAUGUACUUUACAAAAGGGACUGUGGACAAGCAAUUAAAGUUGAGGUCUUGGUCAAAAAAGAAGAAGGUCAAGUUGAGUGAUUUUUUUGAUGUCAGCUGGUGUGUGGAUCUUGCUUUUGAUUCCAGAGCACAAACCACUCAUUCUGAGUAUCAGCUGGUUUCGUUCAUGAGGCUCUUGGUCUUGCAGUGUUAGGAUUUCCGCAGUGUGUUGUUCAACUAGCCUACUCAGGUCCUCACUGUUAAAUAAAACCUUCUAGGCUUACAUGUAAAUGCAUUUCCUAAUAGGGGAUGACUUCUUCACAUGCAGGCUUCCUGCCCAGCUCUGCAGUUGCUAUCAAAAACCGUUUGGGCUCAAACUCUGAGCCACUGAUAGUAAUGAUGGUAGUAAUUGAUGGUAUGAUGGCUCCUCGGCUUACAUGGGUAUAUACACAAUCUGGUGCCUUUUGAAAUCUUUUAAAUUUCCAGUGCUGUAAAAAAGGCUGUAGAAUUUAGAAAAAAUCUCCAGCAAAAUACCUUGUUAAUACAUAAUACGUUGGUAAGUAUCAAAUAUAACUUAAAAAUGGAAGUUUGUGAUUUAGACCUUCUGAUUUGCAGGUGAGACAGGUAUGGUGCCACGUUAAGUUGGAUUCUUUUGCCUAAUGUAAUAAAGCAAGACUGGUGUUUGACUUGGGCAA